UCAGAAAGCCCCACCCGCCUCCGCCGGCGGCGUCAGCGGUGCACGCAACCAGCUCGCUCAGUCUCGAUCGCUACGGUCCGUGAAGUGUGUCUCGUAACCGUGACGACCGAUAGUGUUGUGAAGACGAGUGAAUGUGCGAUGCUCGGACGGUGAUCGAAGCAUGGUGAAUUACGUCAAUCCGCUCGCCAUGUACCAAGGCAAGGGCGGGCAGUACGGCGGCAGCUGGUAUGGCUGGCAACAUCAAAACUUUGAGGAGCAGCAAUGGUGCGCUUGGAACGGGGCGCCGACGGCUGGAGGAGAAUGGGCGCCCGAUCCACACCAUUUCCCUAAAAGAGAACCGGGAGAUAGGGAAAUUACGGAUAUCCCGUCACCUGCACGAGGCGAUCUGGCCAGCCCUGGAGAAGGCUCGCCCGGAUCGAGACCAGCACAGCCGCCGGCUCCACCGCGUUCGCCGUAUGAAUGGAUGAAAAAACCUAACUACCAGACACAACCCAACCCAGAAUGCGUCAGUCCUCUGCUGGGCAAAGGCCAAGUCAAGGCUUUGACGCACCCUUUGGGCACCGCGCACCAUAACGCUGCCAGUUCUCCUACCGGCGAUGAACAUCUUAUUGCUUGUAAAACGCGCACAAAGGACAAGUAUCGAGUGGUGUACAGUGACCAUCAAAGACUUGAGCUAGAGAAGGAGUUUCAUUACAGCCGGUACAUCACAAUACGGCGGAAGGCUGAGCUUGCUGCUAGUUUGGGCCUUUCGGAAAGACAGGUGAAAAUUUGGUUUCAAAACCGUCGCGCGAAGGAGCGCAAACAGGUGAAAAAACGGGAAGAGGUAGUCAUGAAAGAGAAGGGUGAUCAUGCUUCACUUCAGCAUGCCCAAUUACAUCACGCCACGAUGCUCCACCACCAGCAGAUGAUGAACGGCAUGAUGCAUCAUCAUCAUUAUCAUCAAGGGGUCUUACAAGGGGUCCCCGAGCCUCUAGUGCCGGGGGUCCCACCAGUGCCGUUACUGUGACCACAUCAGCAAGACUACUACUCCCAUGAUUACGCAUAGUGAUCGUAAAGACACCAGUGCUUACCUACAAAGGUAUACGUUACUAUUGUACAUUACAGUGGGUUUUCUCUUCAAUAUGACUUAUGAAUAUGUGAUAGUCUAGUGCAAUCCUCUCGGGAAAAUUAUAACGAGUGUUUAAUUUUGUUAUAACUAAUUACAUUGUACAUUCAAUCUGUUGAUUGAAACUGAACAUUUUAGUGUUCCGAUUUUUUCCUCUACUGUGAGUAUGUUUUUAAUGUGUUUUUUAAAUAAAUUAGUGGCCAGACGUCAGUACCAGUACGGAAAAAGUUCUUACGCUAAAAUUAAUACUCAUUUUUGAAAUCAUUUAUCGAAAAAUGUAGUUCAGCUUUAACAAAACUUUAACCGUUUGAGACGUGCGCGGCGCGCGGCGUCAUGCUUGAUGCGUUUACUCGAAGAGGUCAUUUUAAUUUGAUGUGUAAUCGUCACUGUAAAUAUAGAUUUCUAUAUUUUUAUAUUAUUGUAAUAAUUAAGAUUAUUGAAUUAAUUAUAUUUUAAGAGGUUGGAGUAUAUUACCCAAUGCUGUAAGCGCUAUUUUUGUGCAUAAAAUUAUUUGGUUAAAAUGAUGUUAUUUAUUUAAUUUUCAAACGUUGAUUUUGUCAAUUGUUUUCAUUUCUUUGUUCAGAAAUCGUUCAAUAAAUUGAUCUUCGUUAAUAAAUCGUAGCGAAUCUCAUACGUUUUAUUGAAUUAAAAUGUAUUAUGAAAAUACGAUUUUCUGUUAAAAAAAAUCGAGCGUUUCCAGCAUUGAGAAAUAGUUUGAUUUUUUACGUUGAAUGAGAUUAUUUCUAGUUAUAGUUGUUCUGUAAAUAAUAGCUUGUAAUUAGAUUAACUUAUGCCUGUUUCGUAUAAUUAUACACAGCAUUAUAUAAUAAAUACACUCGAUUCACGGUACGAAUUAUAUUGUAAUUGUAAUAUCAACAUUGCCUUUGAAAAUGUUUUGUGUAAUUUAAUUUAUUAAUUAAAAACAAAUGGUAGGUAACUAACAGUAUACGGUAGAAAUAGGUGAACUGAUUUCGUUGAUUUGUGAUAUUCAAUAAUAUGAUUAAUGUCAAGUUGGUGCUAAUAGUGUUUUCUUCAGGAUUAUACUUCUUUUCAAUUUGCAUUCAAAAAAUAUUUCUUUUUGUUUUUUUUUAGUACAAUUUUUAAUAAAAUGACGAUAACAUCAGUAAUGUGCGCUUGUUGUAAAAAUGUUGUGUUGUUGUUUGGAUCGUUUGUGAACACAAAAAAUUGUUAGUACCUAAGUACGCGGCACUAUCACGAAACACAUUUGAUAAAUUAA